UUGGCUCCAGCCUUAGAGCUCCCGCGUCUCUUAUCUCUCACUCUCUCUCUCCUUCACAAGCAUCCUCAUCUUCCUUUUAUAGCUCACAGCUCCCCCCCUCCCCCUAUAUAUACACACUCCUCUUUUCUAUAUUACCCACAAAACACUCUCCACAAUAUUCUCUCUAUCUCUCAAAUGGCCUUUUGUAAUAAUGGGUUGUGCAUGGUAUUGCUGGUUAGUGUCAUGGUGAUGAGCUCUUUGAUGGUUGCCUAUGGUGGCAACUUUUACCAAGACUCUGACAUAACAUGGGGUGAUCAACGAGCCAAGGUUUUCAAUGGAGGUCAGCUUCUGUCUCUCUCACUAGACAAGAUCUCUGGCUCCGGAUUUCGAUCCAAGAAAGAGUACUUGUUUGGGAGGAUUGAUAUGCAACUCAAACUUGUUGCUGGAAACUCUGCUGGCACUGUUACUACUUAUUACUUGUCUUCUGAAGGGCCAACACAUGAUGAGAUUGACUUCGAGUUCUUGGGAAACCUCACCGGUGACCCUUACAUUGUCCACACCAAUGUCUUCACUCAAGGCAAAGGGAAUAGAGAGCAACAAUUCUAUCUCUGGUUCGAUCCCACCAAAAAUUUCCAUACUUACUCCAUCAUAUGGAUCCCCCACCAUAUCAUUUUCUUGGUGGAUAACACUCCAAUAAGAGUAUUCAAGAAUGGUGAAUCAAUUGGUGUCCCUUUUCCCAAAAACCAACCCAUGAGGAUCUACUCUAGCCUUUGGAAUGCUGAUGAUUGGGCCACAAGAGGCGGGUUAGUGAAAACCGAUUGGACAAAAGCACCCUUUACAGCAUACUAUCGGAACUUCAAUGUCCAAACUUGUUCUGGGACAUGCACUUCUUCUUCAUUUUCGAGUGGGGCAUGGCAGAGCCAAGAGCUUGAUGCCUAUAGCCGAAGAAGACUAAGAUGGGUUCAGAAGAAUUUCAUGAUUUACAAUUACUGCACAGAUUUUAAACGCUUCCCUCAAGGCUUUCCUCUAGAGUGUAGACUAUGAAGGUUCCUCUAAACAAAUGUUAAUGAAGUUUGUACUAUUUAGUCCAUGGUUAAAAUUCUUCCUCACUUUGUUUAUAUUCAAGUUCCACUUUGUUCUAUAAGCUUGUUCGCUAUUUUUGACAAUUCAAAGUCUAGAAAUGUAAUUCAAGCGUGUUAGCAAGAAUCUGAAAAGUCCUUACAGAUAAUAAAUACCAAUUUUUAUCAA